GAGGGGAAAAAUCGGAACAGAAGUGAAUGCAAGGGAUAAUGCUGUAAAAAAUUACCCUGGCAUGCGUUCUAUCAAUAAAAAGUUAUUAAAAAAAAAAAAAAGAAAGAAAAGAUAUGCAUGGAUAAAUUUUUCAAUAUUAAUUCUUGAAAAGCCUUGUGUUCCAAUUUUUCCCUCCUCCCAACUCCCUCCCCUAGAUAGCAAGUAAUCCGAUAUAUUUUAAACAUGGUAAAAAUAUGGUUUUUUUUAAAAUAACUUUUUAUUGACAGAACCCAUAUCAGGGUAAUUUUUUCCAACAUUAUCCCUUGCACUCACUUCUGUUCCGAUUUUUCCCCUCCCUCCAUCUACCCCCUCCCCCAGAUGGCAAGCAGUCCUAUACAUGUUAAAUAAGUUACAGUAUAUCCUAGAUACAAUAUAUGUGUGCAGAACCUAACAGUUCUCUUGUUGCACAGGGAGAAUUGGAUUCAGAAGGUAUAAAUAACCCGGGAAGAAAAAUAAAAAUGCAAGCAGUUUAUAUUCAUUUCCCAGUGUUCUUUCUUUGGGUGUAGCUGCUUCUGUCCAUCCUUGAUCAAUUGAAACCGAGUUAGAUCUCUUUGUCAAAGAAGUCCACUUCCAUCAGAAUACAUCCUCAUACAGUAUCGUUGUUGAAGUAUAUAAUGAUCUCCUGGUUCUGUUCAUUUCACUUAGCAUCAGUUCAUGUAAGUCUCACCAGUCCUCUCUGUAUUCAUCCUGCUGGUCAUUUCUUACAGAACAAUAAUAUUCCAUAACAUUCAUAUACCACAAUUUACCCAGCCAUUCUCCAAUUGAUGGGCAUCCAUUCAAUUUCCAGUUUCUAGCCACUAUAAAUAGGACUGCAACAAACAAAAAAUAUAUGUUAAGGCCGAUGUAUGCAUACAUAUUUAAACAAUUAUAUUGCUGCACAAGAAAAAUCAAAUGGAGGCAGCUAGGUGGUACAGUGGAUAGAGCACCAGCCCUGAAGUCAGGAGGAUCUGAGUUCAAAUCUGACCUCAGACACUUAACACUUCCUAGCUGUAUGACCCUGGACAAGUCACAACCCCAAUUGUCUCAGCAAAAAGAAAAAUCAAAUCAAACAGGAAAAAAAAUAAGAAAAUAAAAUGCAAGUAAACAACACAAAGUGAAAAUGCUGUAUUGUGAACCACACUCAGUUCCUAUAAGCCUUUCUCUGGAUAUAGAUAGCUCUCUUCAUCUUAAGAUCAUUGGAACUGGUCUGAAUCGUCUCAUUAUUGAAGAGAGCCACAUUCAUCAGAACUGAUCAUUGUUGCCAUGUAUGAUGGUCUCCUGAUUCUGCUCAUUUCUUGUAGCAUCAGUUCACGUAAACCUCUCCAGGCCUCUAAAAUCAUCCUGCUGGUUGUUUCUUACAGAACAAUAAUAUUCCAUAACAUUCAUAUACCACAAUUUAUUCAACCAUUCUCCAUGAUGGGCAUCCAUUUGAUUUCCAGUUUCUGGCCACUACAAAGAGGGCUACCACAAACUUUUGCACAUGUGGGUCCCGUUCCCUCCUUUAAGAUCUCUUUGGGAUAUAAGCCCAGUAGAAGCACUGCUGGAUCAAAGGGUAUGCACAGUUUGAUAGCUCGUUGAACAUAGUUCCAAACUGCUCUCCAGAAUGGUUGGAUCUGUUCACAGUUCCACUAACAAUGCAUCAGUGUCCCAGUUUUCCCAUAUCCCCUCCAACAUUGAUCAUUAUCUUUUCCUAUCAUCUUAGCCAAACUGACAGAUGUGUAGUGGUGUCUCAGAGUUGUCUUAAUUUGCAUUUCUCUGAUCAAUAGUGAUUUAGGGCACUUUUCAUGUUUCAUUUUCUUCAUCUGAAAAUUGUUCAUAUUCUUUGACCAUCAAUUGGAGAAUGGUUUGAAUUCUUAUGUUAAGUCAAUCCUCUAUAUAACUGAGGCCUUUAUCAGAAACUUUGAAUGUAAAAAUGUUCCCCCAGUUUAUUGCUUCCCUUCUAAUCUUGUCUGCAUUAGUUUUGUUUGUACAAAACCUUUUUAACUUAAUAUAAUCAAAAGUAUCUUUUGUGUGUGUGUGUGUGUUCAAUAAUGAUUUUCAGUUCUUCUUUGGCCACAAAUUAGUUCCUUCUUCACAGAUUUGAGAUAAAAUACUUUGUUGUUCCAAUUUGCUUAUAAUAUCACUCUAUAUCUAAAUCAUGGACCCAUUUCUAUCUUAUCUUAAUAUAUGAUAUUAGGUGUAGGUCAAUGCCUAGUUCCAAUUUUCCCAGAAGUUUUUGUCAAAUAGUGAGUUCUUGUCCCAAAAGCUGGGGUCUUUGGGAUUGUCAAACACUAGAUUACUGUAGUUAUUGACUAUUUUGUCCUGUGAACCUAAACUAGACCCCUGAUCAACUAGUCUAUUUCUUAGCCAAUACUAAAUGGUUUUAAUGACUGCUGCUUUAUAAUAUUGUUUUAGAUCUGGUACAGCAAGGCCACCUUCAUUUGCUUUCUUUUUUUCAUUAACUCCCUUGAAAUUCUUGACCUUUUGCUCUUCCAGAUGAAUUUUAUUUUUUUUCUAGAUCUGUAAAAUAAAUGAUUGGGAGUUUGGUUGUAUGGCACCGAAUAAGUAGAUUGAUUUAGAUAUUGUCAUUUUUAUUAUAUUAUUUGCUGUUGUUUUAGGUAGACUGGGAGGGCAGGCAAGCAGGUGGUCUCGGCCAACUAACAGCUAUAAUGCCCCAGGUUAGGCCGAAGUCUCAGCCAAUUCCCGAGCUGGGGCUGGCUUCCUGCGCCCAACCUGUCUCGGCAGCAUCCUGGGGCCUGGUCGCAGCGACCCCGGGGCCGGCAGACGGCGCUGGCGAGGCGCCUUUCGGGCCCUGGCUCCGCCCCGCUCGCCCUGCGCUGGGUCCGCGGAGUUCUCCCGGCGCGUUCGGAAAUGACCUAACCGGAGAGGCUGGGUCAAGCUGGAUGCUAGCGACAUCCCCGGGCCGUCUAGGGAGCGUACCAUGUCCUUGCUGAUUCGGCGUCCGCGGACGGCGGGAAGAUAGGGACGACCUCACCCCGGCAGGUAGCGCCAACUAAUAACUCCUGGCUGCUGCUGGAGUUAAACUGGGCAGUCAUGGGUGAGCCAGGCCGAGAAGAAUAUGAAAUCCAUUCCUUUGAUGCUGAGACUCAGAGAUUAUUGAAAACUGCCCUCAAAGAACCUGGUGCUGUGGAUUUGGAGAAAGUGGCCAAUGUGAUUGUGGACCAAUCUCUGAAAGACUGUAUGUUCAGCAAGGAAGCCGGACGAAUUUGCUACACCAUCAUUCAGGCAGAGAGCAAACAAGCCAGCCAGAGUGUCUUCCGUCGGGGGCUCCUCAACCGGCUGCAGCAGGAGUACCAGGCUCGGGAGCAGCUCCGAGCUCGAUCUCUGCAGGGCUGGGUCUGCUAUGUCACCUUCAUCUGCAACAUCUUCGACUACCUGAGGGUAAACAACAUGCCCAUGAUGGCUUUGGUCAACCCUGUCUAUGAUUGCCUUUUUCGCCUGGCACAGCCUGAUAGCCUUCACAAGGAGGAGGAGGUGGACUGCCUGGUGUUACAACUACACCGAAUUGGAGAACAGCUGGAGAAAAUGAAUGGACAGAGGAUGGAUGAGCUGUUUGGUCUGCUACGGGAUGGCUUCCUGCUCCAGGAUGGGCUCAGCUCCCUGUCCCAGCUCUUGCUGCUGGAGCUUAUUGAAUUCCGGGCUGCUGGCUGGAGGACCACACCUGCUGCCCAAAAAUAUUAUUACAGUGAGGUUUCAGACUAGGCUAGCCCAGCCUCAGGGCCCACUCACCAGCACCUUCCAGAAGGCUUAUAUACACAUAUUACUUUCACCAAGACUAAGUCCCAGGCUCAGGUCCAUACAUCUGAACUUGUAUCCCCAGUGUUUUCUUUCUUUUGAGCUGUCUACUACUAGAGGGUCUCCCCAACUGCAAGUUUUGGACUUCCCAUAGUCCUGCCCUUAGCAACUGUCUUCCUAUCAAGCACUUCUGACCUUUUAACUCAUCCAGAGGGUUAGGGGAGGCAGCAUACUGCUUUACUCUAUUGUACUUCAACUUUAAAGAAACAUAGUUGUAAGAGCUAAAAAGAACCUCAGAAAAUAAGUUCAACUUCCUCAUUUUACAAAUAAGAAAACUGGGGCUCAAAGAAUUUAAUUUGCCCAUGGUUCACACAGGUAAUAUAAGUGUUUGAAACAGCAUUCAAACCCAAGUCUUCCCAAUUAUAAUUCCAAUGCACUAUCUAUAACAUCCUACUGCCUCAACUAAAUGAGGGAACAUUACCCCUGACUUUCAGCCCAUUUCCUUCCUACCCCCACCAUGUGGAAUUGGGUAGCGAAGGACAACCCUACCAUCCUUGCACUAUGCAACCAUCAGUGCAUCUUCUCUCUUGAUGCCUCAGCUUCCUGAUUUGUAAAAUGAACAAUCAGUGUUCAGGAGGAUGCUUUGAAAUCUUCAAAAGGCAAAACGUGGAAGGGAGAAUAUAAGUCAAAUAAUAGAACUGAAGCCUGGUCUUUGAACUUCCUGCAUGAAAGGGAUGCUUCCAAAGCCAAGAGGCUGUGUCAGGUAAAGAAGCCAGGGCUCCAGAGCACAAGUAGUGCUAGAAACUGGCUUUAUUGGUUUUUUAAAAAUAAUUUUUGUAUAAAAAUGACUUGGGGAACAAGGGUAUUUUAUCCAAACAAGUUUUAAUGAGCUGCUGACCAAAACACUGGUUCAGCGUGGGAUUUAAAAAUAUAUAUAUCAUAUAUAUAAUUUAUUAUGAACCAGUGUAGACUUUUCUAGUAAACCUUUUCUAAAGUGAA